CGCGUGCGGCGCAGUAUGGCAGCCGUAGCAUUAACACACUGCCGAAGAAGAGCGCUUGAGGCUUUGGGUAAUGGAGCAGUUCAUCUUCUCUCCUCUAAAUGUGGCCCGGGAGUCAGACAGAAGUCCAGUACGGUACAGUACAUUUCCCGGCCGGACCUCCCAAAGCUGGCCUACCGCAAAGUGAAAGGGAAGAGUCCCGGCGUGAUGUUCCUGCCUGGCUUUGACUCGAACAUGAAUGGACCAAAAGCAGAAGCUCUAGAGGAUUUCUGCAGGUCUUUAGGUCAUUCAUAUCUGAGAUUUGAUUAUUCUGGUCAUGGAGCUUCAGAAGGCGUUUUCUCAGAAGGAACUAUCGGAAGCUGGAAGAAGGACGUUCUCUUCAUGCUGGAUGAAGUUGCAGAAGGGCCUCAGAUUCUGGUGGGCUCCAGUUUGGGUGGCUGGCUGAUGUUGCUCACUGCUAUCGCUCGCCCUGAGAAGACGAAAGCUCUUGUGGGCAUUUCGACAGUAGCUGAUCACUUUGUCACAGCAUUUAAAUCACUUCCUCUGCAGAAAAGAAAGGAGAUCGAAGACCAGGGCAUGUGGAUGAUCCCGACUAAAAGCAAUGAGAAAGGUGUGUAUACCCUUUCCAUGGACUUCUUGAAGGAGGCAGAGAACCACUGCUUGCUGCACAGCCCCAUCCCCAUCACGUGCCCCGUGCGCCUCAUCCAUGGUCUGAAGGAUGAAGACGUUCCCUGGCACAUCUCCGUGCAGGUUGCAGAGCGCGUCCUGAGCAAUGAUGUUGAUGUCAUCCUGCGGCGCCAUGGGCAGCACCGCAUGGCUGACAAGGAUGACAUCAAGCUCAUGGUUUACACCAUCGAUGACCUCAUUGACAAGCUGACCACCAUGGCGUGACGGCGAGGACGAAAACCGCCAAACAUCCAGAACUUCCAGAGUUUCCUUAGUGCCUUUAUAGUGUUUUUUUUUUCUUUUUUUUUUUUUAAAUGUUUUGGUUUACACUUUAGGUGUCUGAUUUAAAGCUCAUCUCUUUGACAGUAUUGUUCUCCUGGUUCGUUCAUUUUCCGGUGCCUUCUUUACCACAUCCUAUUCACCAAAUAAAUCUUGUUAUAUCCGU